GAGUCAAAACGCACUUUUGUUUUUCAUUGAGGGUUCUUUAGACACUUAGAUCUCAUUUUUACACUUUUAACUUCGAUCAGGUUAACUAAACAAGCAAUGGGUUCUUCUUUAGUUGGUGUAAGUUGUAAGAUUUUCCUUCUUUUCCCACUAAAAGAACCUUCUUUUUGAUCUGGGUCUUACUCUGUUUUUUUUCUUAUGUUCUCUGGGUUUCUUGGUUUUAGCUGUGUGCAUUGAAGAACAAGUAAUCUGAAGUGAGUUUGUUUCAAUGGAAAAGAAGUGUGGCAAAAGAAAGGCAAAGGAGAAGAUGGGUUUUCAAGGUUAUGGUUUGAGGGAUAACCCUAAGAAAUCUUGGAAAUCUUUGGGCUUUAAUGGUGACGACGACAAUGCUGCUACCAGCUCAACCCUUGAGUUUCAGUGCAAAGCUUGUGGCAGACAAUUUGAGUCAAUGAAAGCUUUGUUCGGUCACAUGAGGCAUCAUUCUGCAAGAGAAAGGAAAGAAGUUAACUGUCAAGAAUGUGGCAGAAAGUUUAAGUCCUUGAAGGCUCUCACUGCUCACAUGAGAUUGCACCCUUUGAAGAGCGUAACAGUGAAGAGAAAGAGAUCGAAAAGAUCGAGGUAUAAUAGUGCUCCGAAUUCUUCACUUUCUAGCUUGAAUGAAUCUUCUGGUUUAGUUGAAAUUGAUCAAGAUGUUGAGGAUGCUGCCUUGUGCUUGAUAAUGAUGUCUAGGGGUGUAAAGAAUUGCACUGAGUUCAAUUGUUUUUGGGAGUCUUGUGGUAAUAAUGAUUUUGAGAUCAAAUCUUUUCAUCAAAAUAAAGAGAUUUUGCAGACUAGUUUUGGCUAUGGGGAUGAGCUUGAUUCUUAUGCUUCUGGUUCUAUGAAUGUUUUCCAUGAGAAGAACAUAAGUGAAUGUAAAGAAUUGGAUUCUGGGAUUUUGUCUGCAAAGGAAAAGAAUGCUGAAUCUGGAUUUGAAUUGUAUGAAACUGAGAUUAAGGGAACACUUUCUGGUGAAAUAAUGAACUUGAAGUCUAUUGAAGCGGAACCAAGGCAGGAUUUGAUGGAAGGACUGGAUUUAACUGGUUUAGGAUCCACAAAAUCUAGUUCUAGCAAAGAUGCCAUGUUCGAUGCUUGCGAUUCGGGACCAGUUGAUGAUGCUUCCAACAAGCUAAUAAGUAUUCCAUUGAAUUCUGAAGUAUCUGAUGAUUCCCUGAGAAAGAACAAAUACAGAUGCAGGAUCUGCAACAAGACCUUCAAAUCUCACCAGGCCCUUGGAGGUCAUCAAACAAUCCACAGAAAGAGUAAUACCUAUGCCGAGCCGGUCGAGGAUCACGAGAAAACUACCCACAUUAGCAGUUCUCCUGAAAUUGAGGCUGGAUGCAAGCUUGUGAAGGUUGAGUAUGUUGAGCAUUCAGUGGACCAGGAAAUGAAUGAGGUGACUAGUUCUGAAACAAGGGUGUACAAGGUGCACAAGUGCCUAAUCUGCUUAAAGGUUUUCGGAUCAGGUCAGGCUUUGGGUGGUCACAAGAGGUCUCACAUCUCGAGAGACCCCGGAACUGGUGACAAACAGCCUGCAAAGCAGCUAGACCUUUCUAACAUCUCUGAUGUUAUUGAUCUUAACCUCCCAGUUAUGCACAAUGAAGAGGCUAAUGGUGACACCGGACUCAAGUUGUGCCGGCUUGGAACUGACUGCAAGAAUGAGGCUCUACUGAGCCUAGUUGCUAACUGAUGAAAGGUGAUGCCAAAACCAUUACUAGUGGCUUUUCUUGUGGUUUCCAAUGGUAACUCACUUCUAGGUUGCUUCUUUCAACUGAUAUUUGACAUGGCAAAGUUCCAUUGAUGCUUUUCCUUGGGAGUUUUGAUACUGUAAUACGAUUGUUUUUUUUCAUAGUUUUCAUAUACCUAUAUUAGGACUUGAUUAGCAUUAACAUUGCUCAAUAUAUCUUGAUUGAAUGUUGUCAUAUUUUUGGUUUUUCAUUCUUUUGUUUCAUACGUUUGUAGCAAAUCUCAGUAGCCUGGUGAAUGUACAGAAUAUGAAAUGAAAGAAAUUUUACUUGAUAGUCAUUUUAUA